CUUGAUUGACAUUAAACGUUGGAAGCUAAAAAUGCGCCCUCUGAAUGACAUUUUGAGAUGUCUACCACCGAGAAAUACCAUGUAAAUUGUCAGAUUACUUAGAUAUAAAAGAUAGACUUCCCCUCAGAGAAUUGAAAUGUCGCAAUGCCUUCUUCUUCAGCUUCAUCCAAAAUGACUCGCAUUUCGCCUGACCCGCCUUUCACCAUUCGCAGCCACCGGCCUGGUGACAUGGGCUACAUAACAUAUCGACACGGAGCAGUCUAUGCACAAGAAUACGGCUUCAACAAUCGCUUCGAAUCUCUAAUCGCAAGAAUCACCGCCGACUUUCUCAACAACUUCAAACCCGACCUGGAAGGCUGUUGGAUUGCUGAAAAGGAUGCCUCAUUUCUCGGCUGCAUCAUGUUGGUGCAAGACAAAAAGCCAAAAACUGCAAAGCUACGACUGCUAUUGGUGGAUGAAAAGGCGAGAGGUCUUGGUGUUGGGACAGCCUUGAUUCAGAAAUGCAUCGACUUCGCGAGAGAAGCGGGAUACGAACAUAUCGAUCUUUGGACUCAGAGCAUUUUGGAGGGUGCUCGACGAUUAUAUAAAAAGGCCGGGUUCGAAAUGGUUGAGACGCAGAAUCACAAUGACUGGGGCGUCGAAUUGACAGGGGAAUUCUGGACACUGACGCUGUGAGGGGCAGAGCCUGUCUGUUUGUUGGGGAUUCUCCUUGACGGCCCCUGUCGCCGCCUUGUCUUAGUGUCGGACUGGUUUUGCCUCUGUGAAUGUUCUUUCACUUUCAAGCUCCAAUUAGGGCCAAACCUGCACUGGAGAGACAAAAUGGCAAUUUGCGUCUCACCACGAUAAAAUCAGAAGAGAAUAUAAAUGUGUUAAAGAAAAUCUUGACCAGUACUCAAAUUUGAGGACAAAGGCCCAGAAUACUACCUUGUCGGGGAGCGCUGCGAGCAAAGG